AAGCCUUAUGUUUUUCGGGUAGGCUCGGGCUGAGCUUCGGGUCCCGGGCCAUAGUUGACACCAGGGAUGUGUUUUUUAAUUUAUUUGAUUAGGUUUGUGGGUCUUUGUGAGAAGAACUCCCACUGUAGUGACUGAGAUUCCCAUUUUGAAUGUCCCUUAAACCACAACUUCGCAUCAGUAGAAAAACAAAGGAAACGUUUUGCAAAAUAUUUCAAGACUUUGGUUACCAUUUUUAUCUAUAAAAAUAUUCAUUUUACAAAUAAUUUUCGGUUUUUUCGAUUAUUGUUUAUUCGUAAUUAUUAAUCAAACCUGCCGCUGGUGGCCACUUGUAUGGGGUGUUUGUAUUACGAAUAUGGGUUUUGGCCCAUACACCGUGGGCCUAAACCGUGAGAUUGAGGGCAAAACGGUAAUUAUAACGCACAGAAGAAUCGUAGUUGGGGGAGGCGGGGGGAAGGCUCGUCUCCGCCAUCAGAAUCUACACCAGAAGAUGCUCAUCCGCAACCAUUUCGUUUCUUCUUCCCCAAUUCCUCCCAUUCUCUUUAAUCCUCGCCGUAAUGUACCGAAUCAGUCUCUGUUUCCUUGCAGUCCGGUUUAUGGAAGUAGAAAUUUUAAGAAUUUUCGGGUCAGGGCUAGUUUCUGGGACUCCAUCAGAGCUGGGUUUUUAAAGGAUAAUACAGCACAAGUUGUUGAACCACCUUCAACAAUGGAAGAAGAGGAGGAACUGUUACCUGUCGAAUUCGUUCUCCUUGAGAGAACUCUGCCAGAUGGAGGGGUAACUGAACAGAUCAUGUUCUCUUCUGGUGGAGAUAUUGAUGUGUAUGAUCUUCAAGCCCUAUGUGACAAGGUGGGUUGGCCCCGGAGACCUUUGUCGAAAUUAGCUGCAGCUUUGAAAAACAGCUACAUGGUAGCCACACUGCAUUCAAUCUCGAAGUCAUCAGACUCAGUUAUUUUGACAGAAGGCGAUGAUCAGAGGAGGCUUAUCGGAAUGGCACGAGCAACGUCGGAUCAUGCCUUCAAUGCUACAAUCUGGGAUGUUCUUGUGGAUCCUGAAUAUCAGGGACAAGGCCUUGGUAAAGCUCUUGUUGAAAAACUUGUAAGGGCGCUUCUACAGAGGGAUAUUGGGAAUAUAUCUCUCUUUGCUGACAGUCAAGUUGUGGAGUUCUAUCGGAAUCUAGGUUUUGAAGCUGAUCCAGAGGGCAUCAAAGGCAUGUUUUGGUACCCAAAAUUCUAACUACUACUUGGAAGAAGACAAUAAGUUUGGUCUUACAAAUCUGCUGGUCCAAGUGGCAAGUCUAGAUGCCACAUGGUAAACCUGCAGCAUGUAUCCAUAUUAAUGAUCACUGUGCAUAUGUAAUUUCAAAGAAUGUGUUAAUGCAUUUUUUUGUUAGAAAAAAAAAAUCAGUGUUGAAUUUUUGUUCGCUAUUUGAUCUUUGGUGGUGAGGCUUGAUUUGGGAUCUGAAA